UUCCCCCGGAUGCGUGUUUACUCAGUCUCCUCUCUCCACCCUUGAAAUGAGAGAGGUACGGAGUGGAAGGGACAUCGUUUUACAAGAAAACCUCCACGAACGGACAUCCGAGAUCAAGACCGGGCGACAGACGAGGGCGAAGAGUCAAGGUGUAGCGCGUGGAUAAAUUGAUUCUACACCAAGGUCAAUUAUCUUUCUAUUUAAAAAACUUCAGACACGGAGAAAUCACGAACCUCUAAGGAUGGAGCAGGCAUACGGGGCUGGCAAGGCUGGCGGCACCUUCGAUCCAAUUACGUUCUUUCAGCAGCCGCAGAUUAUUCUUCGAAUAGUGUCCUGGAUCUUUUCCAUUGUGAUAUUUGGAUGCAUUGCUAACGAAGGCUAUGUGAACCGUCCGGAUGAGGUGGAGGAGUUUUGCAUCUUUAACCGCAACCAGAAUGCCUGUAACUAUGCCGUGGGUAUGGGAUCCCUGGCCUUCCUCUGCUGUGCCGCUUUCAUGGCACUGGACGUCUAUUUUCCUCAGAUAAGCAGCGUUAAAGACCGCAAGAAGGCUGUGUUAGCUGAUAUUGGUGUUUCAGCCUUCUGGUCUUUCGUGUGGUUUGUGGGGUUCUGUUUCCUCGCCAAUCAGUGGCAGGUGGCUAAACCAGACGAUAACCCCCUCAAAGAGGGUGGAGACGCAGCCAGAGCAGCCAUCACCUUCGCCUUCUUCUCCAUAUUUACUUGGGCUGGUCAAGCUUUUUUCGCAUUCCAGAGGUACAAGUUAGGUGCAAGCUCGUCUCUCUUCUCUCAGGACUAUACUGAUCCCAGCCAGGAUCCCGCAGGAGUGCCAGCUGCAGGCACGGAGUACACUGGAUACAACGCCGACAUGGAGGCUAAUUAUGAGGGCUCUGGCGGAUAUCAGAACCAAGACUACUAAGGUCGAGUAUGAGGAUGUACACAACAGCCUUAACGAGCUAGGCUGACUGGGUUAUAUGGGGAAAACUAAAUAUACAGGAACUUAUUUUGGGGUAGAAUAUGGGGACCAAAGCAGGCUAACAGGAAUUCAGGGGUUUGUUUGGUGCUGAAAGAACCCCUUGUGGAAUUAACUUUUGGUGAUAAUACAUGAUUAAUGAGCGUUUCAUUAAGUCUAUAAAAUGAUAUUUUGCAGUUUAGAGAUUGUGGCACAGGAUCUCUUGAAAGUUUUUUUUUUUUUUAUUGGUGCCACCAGGAAAUCUUGCCUUCGGUUUUGGGCUUAUGGGUUUGGGGUUGAUCUGACUGAUUGGAAAGAAAAUAAAUCUUUCUUUUUCUGAAAAGAAAUCUAAACUAAACUAAUGGAACUCUAAAACAGUCAUAGAAACUAACUAGCUUAAUAUUGGCCAUACAGUACAUGUGAGGAAACCUGACCAAACUAAACAUUUCUAAAGACCGCAGUGUCUUUUUGUUGGUAAAGUGUAGGUGCUUCAGUGGAAUAUAUCGUUAACCCUUAACCUGUCACUAUACAGAUACUGCAUUGAUAGCUCUCUGCUGCCAUUUUAUCAAUGUUUAUCAAAGAUCAUUUUUAACAGUAUCAUGUUUGGAAUUAAAUCAGUCUCUGCAUUGUACAACGAGAGAAACUGAAUGGUCCUAUAAUGUAACACAGAGAGUAAAAAUAUUGAGUAGGCCUAUAAUUAAGGUGAAUUUUUGAGAGCUGCUGAACUGCAAGUUUUUGUUUUUGUUUUUUUUUUUGUUUGUUUUUUUAAGUUGUGCGGCUAUGAUUGCAUUAUUUAAGCUAUGUUUCUUUACAGAAAGGCGACAUUUCAUAUGCACAGUGGUCCCAAACAGUAUUUGGACUCUUAAGCGACACUUAAAUAGCAUAGCCUAUGUCUGUCAUUGCACAAAAUAUCAAACCAGUGUCAUUUAUUUUAAAGUAAGACAUCACAAGCACACUUUUCAAGCAAAGCAAGUAAUUUGUUGGUUUAUAAAUUCUAAAACUAUGGACCAAUUGUAAGGCGUCGCCAAAUAAACUAAAUUUCGUGGGCAAAAAGCUCCAUUGUCUAUUGGUGAUAGUUUCGCAAUAUUCAAAGCACAGCCCACACAGAAACCAUGUUCAAACCAGUACAUUUUCUGUUAGUGAACGGACAAAUGCAUUUUUAAGUGUGACUUAAGAGUCCACAUGUGAUUUAGAGCAGCUGUGCAUGUCAUUUUCAUCAUGGUAAACGUUUACAUUUUUAUUUAGACUAGACAUAAUGACCUUUGACGUUGUUAUUAAUAUCUUUUAAUCACGAAUGUAAACAAAGUGGUGCAACACUAAAAUUCACUAGACUUUGAAACAUGUUUUUGAGAGGGAAAAUGGCCAGGCUAACACUCAGCUGCAUACUAAUGCUUUAAAAUGUGAACAAAAACGAGGCAGAGCCCCUGAGCAUGAAAAAUUAGCACAUUGUCUAAAUAUGACAAAUUAGCGCUAAUGACUACAGAAGACAAACCCAGCCAAUACCUCACAAUUAUGCUAGGAAGAACAGACUAAUAGACUUCAUUUCAAUGCCAAUGUGUCAAAUCUUUAGGGCAAAUGGUCAUGUCAUUAUAAUGGUCUGUCACUUGUGGAAAUAUUAUUCAUAAUUAUGUAUGCUAAUGAGUUCCUUUGUAGCACCCCUAGUAUUGUUCUCUGGCAGUCUUUUUUAUCAUUUACAUUUUUUUUUUUUUUUGAUCAUAGUUACUGUAAAAUCUCUUGCACUAGAGCAGCAGCAUUGUGCAUUACAGAUCAAUUAUUUUUUAUUUUAAAUUAAGUUUAAAAUUAAAAUAAAAAAUUGUUCAUAAUUAUGUACCUGAAUAUAUAAAACCAGCAUAUUUUUAUUUAAUGACAAAGAUGUAAUAUAAUCAAGUACACAAAAUAUCUUUAUAAAUUUAUUACCAAAAUAACUGUCAAAAAUAAUAAUAUUAAUUGUGUAUUUUGCAUUUAAAGGUGUUUUAGAAUAACAUUUAUCCUUUUUCUGUUUAGGAAGUGACAUUGUUUUCUGAAUCAGGAAAUUUUUUCUCUCAUUUUAUUUCUUGUUGAAACUCCAAAAAAAAAAAGGAAAGCUACAAUACAAUCAAUAUAUUAUAUAGGUGAUGUAUCAGAUGUGUUCUUAUAUAAUGUAUAUGUGCAGUUAUGGAGCUGGGAUAAAAAUAAAAAAUAAUGUAAAUUCUUUUGAUGUGGUGACUGUACAUUAACUGAAUCGCUAGGUUAAAAUGGCUCAGUGUAUUGUGUCCUGUCUUGUAUGUUGCUUGUCUGGUAAGACGUCUGAUAUAGCUGAAAAUAAAAGAAAUUGACUGAUGGA